AUGUUCUUCACCCAAGAACGUGCUCACUAUGCCCGUGCGGCGGAGCUUACUCAGGAGCCUCCGAAAGGCAAGCCUUACUCUGUUGCUAUACCUGGCACCGAGAAGGAUGGACGGAGCCCAAUCUACCGUUCCUGGUGGACACAGAAGGAGCUGGUUAAAACGCUGGAUCCUAAAGUCACCACUGCCCAUGAGAUUUUUGAGUCAACCGCGAAUGAUACCCCGAAGGCCGAUUGUCUUGGAUGGCGUCCUUACGACCCAGUGAAGAAGACCUGGGGUCAAUACCAAUGGAUAAGCUAUGGUACAGUCCAAAAACGGCGUACCGAUUUCGGUGCCGGGUUGGUGGAGCUACAUCACAAGCAUAACUGUGCUCGACCCGGGCAGUACGGUAUUGGUCUCUGGUGUCAGAAUCGUCCAGAGUGGCAGAUCACAGACCUGGCAUGCAUGUCCCAAAGCCUAUAUUCGGUUUCGAUUUACGAUGUUCUCGCCUCGGAUGCAACCCAGUAUAUCAUUAAUCACGCCGAGCUAAGCUGCGUUGUGGCCUCAUUGCCUCACAUUCCGACACUGAUCAAGCUGAAGCCUGUUUUGCCUAAUUUGAAGAUUAUCGUCAGCUUAGACUCACUCGAAGCGGGUGAACCAGCCGGCCACUCUAAGCGCGCUCUCUUAGAAUCUAUGGCUGCUGGCCAUGACCUUACCAUCUACAGCAUGGAUCAGGUCGAAGCCCUGGGGGCCGCCUCCAACCGCCCCCUGAACCCUCCAAAACCUUCUGACAUUGUCACUAUCAACUAUACUUCCGGUACCACAGGUGCUCCCAAGGGCGUGGUCCUCACCCAUGAGAACGCUGUUGCAGCUACUUCUGGCGCGCUCGUCUCCGUUUCUCAAGCACGGGGUGAUACAUUCCCGUCCUACCUUCCUCUCGCCCAUAUCUAUGAGCGCCUGACGGAGCAUGCCGCGCUCUGGUCUGGUGCGCGCAUCGGCUAUUUCCAUGGAAAUAUUCUCGAGCUAGUUGACGACCUCAAGGUGCUCAAGCCCACUGGAUUUGUUUCCGUUCCACGCCUUUACAGCCGCUUCGGAACUGCUAUUCGCGCUGCAACCAUCGAAGCCCCUGGUUUCCGAGGUACUUUGUCUAAACACAUUGUUGCAGCCAAGAGCGCAAACUUGAAGAACCCCGAUCCUAGCAAAGCUACCGUGAAGCAUGCUUUGUAUGAUCGAAUUUGGGCUAAGAAAGUCGCUGCGGCCGUUGGUUUAGAAAAUGCGAAGCAGUUGAUUUCGGGGUCUGCGCCUCUAGAUCCUUCUUUGCACGACUUCUUGCGAGUAGCCAUUGGCGCAGACUUUUCUCAGGGCUACGGUCUAACCGAGACUUAUGCUAUGGCAUGCGCACAGUCUCCCAAGGAUGUUACGUCUGGCAACUGUGGACGCGUCGCCCCCUGCACGGAGGUGUGUCUGCUGUCCCUACCGGACAUGGAGUACUCGGUUGAUGACAAGCCUUUCCCUCGCGGUGAACUUCUUGUUCGUGGCCCCAAUGUUUUCAAAGAGUAUUUGAAGAAUCCGGAGGAGACAUCCAAAGCUAUCACUGAAGACGGGUGGUUCCGAACAGGAGACGUCGCUAAGAUUGACGAUAUGGGUCGCAUCAUCAUUAUCGAUCGCCGGAAGAAUGUUCUGAAAUUAGCACAGGGAGAGUAUAUCUCACCCGAACGCCUGGAGGGUAUCAUCUCCUCUGAGCUGGGCUACUUAGCGCAAGUUUAUGUGCACGGUGAUAGCAUGCAGACAUUCUUGGUUGCUAUCUUUGGUGUCCAGGCCGAGUUGUUCGCUUCGUUUGCUAGCAAGGUGCUUGGUCGAACCAUUGACCCUACUGACGUCGCAGGCAUCAAAGCGGUAUUGCAGGACAACAAGAUCAAGAAGGCUGUUUUGAGGGAUCUCGAGCGUGUAGCGAAAAAGAACAAACUUGCGGGAUAUGAGAGGGUGAAGAAUUGCGCUCUGAUGGUCGAGCCGUUCUCAGUAGAGAAUGACCUGCUGACACCGACUCUUAAGCUUAAACGCCCCCCUGUUGUGAAGAAGUAUCGCCAGCUUCUCGAUCAGCUAUACGAAGAGGCCAACAACGAGCAGUCUGCUCCGAAGGCCAAACUGUAAUUCGAACCCAGUGACUGCCUUUUGUACAUAGCGAGUUUCCGCCUGACGGCGGGCGUCAUUUGCAUGAUCUUCAAAAUUUCCCUGUAUGAUACAUUUAGUAAUAGAUUUUACCAUUCCCAAAGCACUAAACAGAGUGCAAGGGAAGGAAGAUGUACGGUUAAUACUUAA